UUGUAAGAAUCGUAUCCAACUUGCCGUGAUUGCUUGCGAUGCAACUGUAUAUUUUCCGUUCACUUGUUAUCUUUUGUCAAAAACAUUUUUUUUUUAUUUCGUUGACCGCUGAUUACUAUGCUUCACAUAAAUUAAAAGGCCUGCGGUUUGGUGCAAAAGUCGUUUUUCCGAAUACUUUCCAACGCAAUAAUUCCGGUCACUUUCGCUAACAGAGUUAUGUUAAAACCUUUGAAAUGGAAAUUAAAAUUAAUGAGAAUAGUGAUGAAAAUGUAUACAGAAGCAUAACCAUGUUUUGUUGGGGUAACACAGUCAAUGGGGAACUCGGUCUGGGUGGUAUCGAAGAAAAUCAUAUCUUCAGUCCAGAAGAGAUAACCAAUUUUGAAAGCAUUAAUGACAUUAAAUCAGUGGCCUGCGGAAAUAAUCAUACUUUAGCUGUUGCUGAAGAUGGAAAACUAUAUGCAUGUGGUAGUAAUGAUUUUGGCCAGCUGGGACACAGCGGACCUCGAACUAAAUUACAACAAAUAACAAGUGUUAGUUCUUUAGUAAUGACUAGUGUUGCAUGUGGAGAAGCUCAUUCUAUGGCAUUGAACCAAUGUGGUCAAUUAUAUACAUGGGGUUCUGGCGCAUGCUGUCAACUAGGAUUUGAAACUGAUGAAGAAAUCCAAUAUACACCAAAAAUCGUUAAAUCACUGGCUACUAUGACUUUAAUUCAAAUAAGUUCUGGAUAUAAACACUGCAUGGCCCUAACUAAUCAUGGUGAAUUGUAUACAUGGGGUUCAAAUGAAUUUGGACAGUUGGGCAUUGAUCAAGGUCCUGUUAAUGUGUCUAAACCAACAUUGGUUAAAUCUCUUAUUGGCUUACCAAUUUUAUUUAUUGCUUGUGGUGGAUACCAUAGUUUUGUUGUAUCUAAGUCAGGUGCAGUUUUUGGAUGGGGUAAAAAUGAUUUUGGACAAUUAGGACUAAACCAUAAAACUAAUGUAUCAAUACCUACAGAGUUGAAUACAAUAAGAACUGCUAGAGUAAAAUAUAUUAGCGCAGGAGAAGAUUUCUCAGUAUUUUUAACUUAUGAUGGUGGUGUUUUUACAUGUGGUGCUGGUAUGUAUGGUCAAUUAGGACAUGGUUCAUUUUCUAAUGAAAUUGUUCCAAGAAAAGUAUUAGAGCUCAUGGGAAGUACUGUGACCCAAGUGACUUGUGGGCGGAGACACACUUUAACUUUGGUACCUUCUAAAGGUCGUGUUUACUCUUUUGGACUUGGUGGUGUUGGUCAAUUGGGUACAAAAGCAUCAAUUAAUUCAAAUACACCACAAUUAGUUUUAGGACCUUGGCUAUCUCCAUCUGGAGCAUCUGUGAUAAAAACAAAUAAACAAUAUAUUGUUAAAAGUAUAUUUGCUGGAGGUGACCAAUGUUUUGUUAAGGUUACUCACCAAAUGGAUAAAAUACCUCCAGAUGAUUAUCGUAGUUUACAGGAGAAUUCACAAAUUUGUACAGUUAAGCUUUCUGAUGUGAUACAUUUAUCAACUAUAUUACCAGAUAAUCCUGUUGACCAAGACCGAAUGUCAUUUGUUGAAAUUGUAAUGAGCAGUUUGUCAUGUUUAAAUGGCUCAUUUUUAAUGUUAAAUGAUAGUCAUUAUACUUGUUCAAAAAAUAAUCAUGGAGUAAAUUUCAAUCUUGCUGCACAAUGUUUUGAUGCAAUUGGUCAUGUACGUAACACGUCUUUGAAUGACUUAAUACUGACGUCAUUAGCUAGUGCAGUUGAUUGUUUGUCAGCACCUCCCCCUGAUGUAGAGUCAUUGAGAUUUUAUCUCACCUUGCCCAUGUAUCAUGAGUUUAAAAAUAUUACGAACUCUACUAUACUUCAAGUGCCUUAUGCUGAAGCUUUAUUAUAUUUGAAAAAUAUGGAGUUACUUACUACUGAUUUAUGGAUUUCUUCAAUGCCUGUUAUAUAUUUUGAGACAUUAAUUACGGUGUAUAAAAAUUUAUUUAUUGAUCAAUUGAACACAUUCUCAAUCAAUGCUCAAGUAACACCUAACCUGAAUAAAGGAUUAAUAGUUGCUGCUUCAAUGUUGGGUAAACUUAAUAGAUUAAAUUCUAAUUUGAAUGGGAAUCAAGUUAAAAAAGGCCAAUUAAAAGUGCCGUAUACUACAUUUUAUAUACCUCAUUUAGCUGAAAAAAUAAAUAUUCGUCAUGAAUACAUGAAAUGGGCAUAUAUUAUGGAUUCUGAUAAUGGAUCUAAAGAUCAGGAUUUUUGUUUUUGUAAUUAUGCUUUUCUAUUUGAUGCUGAAGCUAAAACAAUACUUUUACAAGUUGAUCAAAAAUUACAGAUGCAACAAGCUAUGGCAGCUGCAGCGACAAGAGCUUUUACACAAAUGUUUUAUGAUGGUAUUCAGCAUAGUGCUGUAAAUCAGUUUAUUGAACUUGCAGUUUCUCGACGUAAUUUAGUAGAUGAUGCUAUACGUGAAUUAUCUCAAUAUACGGGAAAUGAUUACAAAAAACCAUUGAAAGUAAGAUUUAUUGAUGAAGAAGCUGAAGAUGCUGGUGGAGUGAAAAAAGAAUUUUUUAUGCUUUUGAUUAAGGAGAUUUUAGAUCCUAAGUUUGGAAUGUUCAUUAAUUAUGAUGAGACAAACAUGAUAUGGUUUAAUGAUUAUUCAUUUGAAGACCUCACAAUGUAUUACCUCAUUGGUUUGAUGUGUGGUUUAGCCAUUUAUAAUUUUAUCAUCAUAGACUUACCAUUUCCUUUGGCAUUGUACAAAAAAUUACUUAAUGAACCCGUAACUCUUCAGGAUCUUAAAGAUCUAAAUCCCACCAUAGUUAAGAGUUUUGAGGAAUUAUUGACAUAUGAUAAACCUGAUCUCAGUGAUGUAUUUAAUCUCACAUUUGAAAUAACUAGAGAUGUCUAUGGAGAAAUACAAACAGUUCCAUUAAAACCUGAUGGAGCCAAUACAUUAGUUACACAAGAAAAUAAACAUGAGUUUGUUGAUUUGUAUGUAGAUAUGGUUUUAAACAUUGGAGUUGAAAAACAAUUCAAUGUGUUUAAAGAUGCAUUUUUACAAGUAUGUGGCGGACGAGUACUCAGAUUAUUCCAUUCACAAGAAUUAAUGGCUGUUGUUGUUGGCAAUCAAGACUAUGAUUGGAUUGAAUUGGAAAAAAAUGCUCAAUACAGAAAUGGUUAUACGCAAGAUGAUGAGACCAUAAAAUUAUUUUGGGAAGUGUUUCACGAGUUUGAUAUUGAUCACAAAAAGAAGUUUUUGCUUUUUCUCACCGGUAGUGACCGUGUACCUGUUAUGGGAAUGAAAGCUAUCAAAAUUUAUAUACAGCCAACUGAAGAUGAUAAUUUUUUACCAGUGGCACACACAUGUUUCAAUCUUCUAGAUUUACCUAAAUAUCGAUCAAAAGGAAAACUGAAAUACAAGUUAAUUCAAGCCAUUCAUCAGACACAAGGCUUUUCUUUGGUUUAAAAAAUAGCUUAUAAUACAUUCCUCAAUAAUAAACAUAUUUAAAUUACAAAUUAAAAAAUAUUAUCAUAGAACUUAAUGGCGAAGGAACUCAUAAUUUUUAUUGUGAAAAUCAGGGUUAUGUUAUUUGCUUGAGUUAUAUUUUCGUUCCUUAAUGUUAAAAUUAAGGUUCAUGUUAUUUACUCUAAUUAUUAAUGAUAUAAGCUUCUAUUUGGCUGUUAAAAAAUGUUUAAUAUUGAUGUCUUAUGUCUUAUUAUAAUAUAAUGGUUAUGUUAACUUAAAGGUAUGGACUGAAGUAUUAGAUGAGUAGAAGGUUUAUUGUUUUUAAUGUUUUCAACUUUCAAUAAAAUACACAAAAUACUUUAGUUUCUUAAAAA